GCUAUCCCGGGGACGUCAUCUUGGACGGUAAGAUCGGCUUUAUAUUGUUGGCCGGCUGAUUGGCUCGGUCUGGCGUUGGUGAGGCGCUAAAAUUAGGGCCGUGGCGAUAUCGUUGCGCUCUCCAUUCCGUAAUCGCUACCCGAGAGCACAUUCAUACAGCAUGUACCGCUCGAAGGAGCUCAAUAAGAACAUCGCCAAGAGCUACCUGAGCAUUGGCGACCCGUACCGCGACCCGCACAUCAUUGAAGGCAAGAGCGACCGACACAAGAGCAAGCAGUUCCAGACGGCGCCGGCCAAAGACACGUGCGAUGGCAAAGGCUUUUUCGAGAAGAAGACGUACGCGUCGGACCCGCUCGUCGACGGGGUCAUGUACCUCAAAACGCAGCCCCCAGAGACGCGCAAGGCGGGCUUUGGCACCAAAGACGCGAGCCGGCGCGACGAGUUUAUGAGCCACGUGCGCACCGAGCAGUACCGCGAGACGCUGCACCGGGAAGAUACGAUCGCGCAGACCGGUAUUGCCAAGCACCGGGCGAGUCACCCGGACGAAGAAGAAGACGACGCUACGGAGGCGAAGCACCAGUUUCCCGAAGGGCUCAAAGAAACCAAGUUUCUCUACGACAUUGGGCGCACCCAAGUGACCGAGUUCAACCAAAAGAGCCAUCGGGACACCUUUUACACGCUCCGAACGGGCAACUCGCAGUUCCGGCGCAACAACGGCCACUUUGUGCUCAGCUCCGAGUCGGUCGGCGUCGGCGCGUCGCAAGUCGGCAACAACGGCGCCCACGCCCGCAACGCAUGCACCAAACAAUUUUACGACCAUAGUCAUCUGCACACCUGAACACUCGAGGCCCUCGACACGCGGCAACAUAAACCUUGCUAUCUAUUCAAUCCCAGACCCUAUUAUCCUAUCUGAAAAAACACAGUUAUGUUCUUCUCGCUAUA